AGUCGGUGAACAUGCCACCGUUCUUCGGAGCCUCCUCGUGGUUUCGGAAACCCUCGGAGACCCUUUCAAUCCACGACGGGCUAUUCCAGAUAGGAUGUCAGGCGUACCACAUUCUGGUCCGGGAACCGGGCGAGCCACCCGGGGCUGCCGAGCGACUCCUCAAGCAGAACGGAACUGCGACCUCCGCCGAUCAAGUGGUCGUCCUAAUACCUUCACAAAAACCAACUUCCAUGAGAGGUCGUCUUUCUCAAAUAUUGGACCGAGGCACAUCGCUGCCCUCAGAUGACUACGAUGAUUGGGAAUCUCGGUACAUGAUGAGAACCGACUUUGAUGACUUUGGAGAUAAACACAACGAAAUGUGGGGUCAGAAGGGCUGGUUCAAACCAUCGUGUGUGCCUAUCUCAAUCAUCCUGGUGUUGAUCGUGUUGGUAGUACUACUACCGCUGCUGGACCACGCAGACAGACAAGCUCAGGCGGCAGCUCAGGUGGACUGGGACUCGUUACGCAAGUGUCAGGCUGAGUGUAGGUUUUCUUUAGUGGAGUCGAUACCAGAUGGUAUGAGCUAUCGGAACGGCACCACUCCCUACCCAUCCACAUUUGCUGUCUGGUCAGAGAUGUUGGCUAAGGCCACAGCCACAAUCGAGAUCGCCUCAUAUUACUGGACCCUGACUGAUGGCACAGCGGGGAAGUUCCCAACUGGAGUUCAGGGCCAACAAAUAUUUGACGCAAUCCUGUUGGCAGGAACAAAGAGAAAAUUGACUGUGAAAAUUGCUCAAAACUACCCGUCGCAGAGUCAACCUAACAAAGACACUGAGGUCCUAGUGAGGGAGAAAGCUGCUGAGGUCCGAAGUCUCAAUUUCCCACGGUUGAUCGGCAGUGGGAUUCUUCAUACCAAGCUGUGGCUGGUUGACCGACGGCACGCCUAUAUUGGGAGUGCGAACAGUGACUGGCGGUCACUCACUGAGGUCAAAGAGAUGGGUAUCUACGUCCAAGACUGUCCUUGCGUCACUGAUGAUAUAGGGAAGCUGUUUGAUGUUUACUGGAUGAUGGGAGCUGAGGGAGCCCAGAUUCCGGAUAAAUGGCCGGACUCUCUCUCUACACCUUACAAUGAGGAGACGCCUAUGAAUCUUUCCACCAAUGGCCUUGUCUACCUUUCCAGUUCGCCACCACAGUUCUGUACUAAAGGUCGUACUGGGGAUGGAAAUGCAAUAACCUCCACCAUCCUCAAAGCUAACAAGUUUAUCUUUAUUGCGGUAAUGGACUACUUUCCAACGUUUAUCUACACUUCAAAACCUAGGUACUGGGCGGACAUAGAUACAGCAUUGCGAACGGCCGCCUUAGACAACUCUGUAGAGAUCAGACUACUAGUCAGCUGGUGGUCCCACUCUCGAGAGUCAGAGAAACUGUUCCUACGGUCGCUUACAGACAUCUCUGAUGGUCUCAAAGUCAACAUUACUGUGAAACUGUUUGUGGUGCCUUCGACUGCGGAACAGCGCAAGAUUCCGUACGCAAGAGUGAACCACAAUAAAUACAUGGUUACUGACAAUACUGCUUAUAUAGGAACAUCUAAUUGGUCUGGAGACUACUUCACGGUGACUGGAGGAGUGGGGGUGGUGGUGGAGGGUAUAACAGAGCUUCGUCAACAACUGGAGGAAGUGUUCCUUCGAGAUUGGAACUCUGAGUUUGCGUACAAUCUACCGAGAUAACAUCUGUCUCUUCCGUCUUAUGCACUUGCACAUUUCUAAAGUCAAUUUCCAAAUGAUCAUCUGUUUAUCUAUAGUAAGUUUUGUACUUUAACAUCUCCUAGAUGUUUUUAAGCAUAUUUUAGUGUUUGUACAAGCAAUGGUUUUACUGUAUUUCCCUUUAGGAGCAAUAAACACAAAGCCUUUAAAAUAUGCCUUAAAAUCUACAAAUAUAGGAAGACAAUUUCAUAUACAUAAUUUAUAUUUCAUAUGUUGAUAUACUCUAGUAACAAAAUGAUUGGUUGUAAAUAUAUUAUUUUUAUGUUAUUAUGUUUUUGUUUUAGGUUGUGAAAAUGAUCUCAAUUUUUAUGAGCACUUUUAACAGCUUAACAUUUGAAUUAUGCUAUAGGCAAAAUGAUAUCAGCAUAACUGUGACUUGAAAGCUAAUUUAUUAGUAUUAACGCUUAACCAUUUAAUACACACAUUAGGGUGUCUAACACAGUCAACGUGUUAAUUAAGAGCACUUGAACUAAGGUAAAUUAAGAUAAUUAAUUUUGAAAAUGUUUUAGUGCUUGUCAUGAAAGUGUUGAAAGCAGAAACUAUUUAUGGAAAUUAGGGAUUACAAUUCAAAUAAUAAGUAUCUCAUAUCCUAAAUUCAAGUAAACUAAAAGGGAAUCACUCCUUAUCUAUAGUACAAAACAUUUAUCAACAAAGCUUGUAUAAGUCUUAUUUUCUGUAAUUCUACAUAUAUUGGAAAAUAAAUAAAUCUACAUUAGUGUUAAUUUAAAAUUCAUAAUGCACCAUUGUUGUCAUAUUAAGAAUGAGAUGAUUGUAUUGUACUCUUAUGAACUUUACAUCAAUCCCAUCCAAGCUUUCACUCUCUACUUAUAUAAUCCUUCAAGGGGUUAGUUAUAGAUUGUAUUUAGUUUAACUGUUCAAAUCCUUACAUGGUAUUACAAGUGUAAUUUUGAUUUAUACUCUAUGUUAAGGAUGUUGUAAAGGAAACAAGCUAUGUAUAUGAUUUGUAUUAUACAUGAUAGGAAACAGGUGCAUUUUCCAGGUAUAAUGUUAUCCCACAUGGAACGUUUUGUUCUAUAAUAUAGUAUAAACGGGUCUUACUAUUAAUUUUCUAUGUAAAAUGUGUGGUGUUCAGUUUAAUUUAUUUAUCAUGCAAGAGAUCACACCCGUAACAAUUUGCUGCGCUUUUCACAACUUGGUAAUAUUUGUAUAGGUAACAACACUGGCGUCUUGAAAUGCUCAUCACAUUUCUUGUCAUUUCUUCAUGUGAUCUUGAUAUACCUGUAUGAUAGUCUUUUGCCCAAUUUGUCUUUAAAAUAUUUUUUUUAGUUCUCUGUACCCAGUUUGGCAUUAUUCCCUGAUACAAAAGUUUUUAAUAAUCACUCAUAAUAAAUUCAAGUCCUAUUUUGCAUGUUGUUCUUUUAUUAGAUACGUUUUAUUUUGUAGCAUAAACAUUUUUAUUUAUAACAUAAACAAUGUUUUUAUUUAUUUGGUUAAGUACAUGCAGCAAAUUGCAAACAUGGAAUAUUCCACAAAGCGUACAUUUUAUGUUACAGUACUUAUCAUGUUUUUGUUAGGCAGAUGAUCUAAGUUAUUAUAUUCUGAGAGGUAGUCAUUCAAACUGUUUGAAGAUUUUUUAAAUGGUAUUUUAAUAAGGAAAAUAAUAAGUAAUAAUAAAGUAAGCUUUUAAAACUAUUUGCAUGUUUUUUAGAUAUUAUUUUAUUGAAGAAAAAUCAUAAUUAAUAAUAAAGUAAGCUUGACCAAAUACGCUUUACGGAAUCUCUUAUGUCCAGGAAGUGGGUGUGAUCAUUGUAUUCGUUUCCUGUAUAAGAUGUUUUAAUUAUUCUUUGUGAAGUUAAGUAUCAAUAAUAAAGUUUUGAAAGGCUAAUGAUAUUUUAAAGAUAGUUACUUAUUUAACACCUGUAUUAUUUUACUUUCCAUUUCCACAGUCAUUCACAGGUACUUAAAUAUAAUUUUUAAACAAAUUAAAAUUAUUCUAAAAGAAAAUGUAUAUUGUUUUUCUUUAGAUAUAAAUAUACAUAAUUAUAGCUAAAAAUACAUUUACGUUAUUAAAAUUACAAAUGACCUUUUAAGUGUCAUGGCCAUUUCCCAAUGUCAUAUGCAUAAAGUGUCGGCCAUAUUCUGUAAAUUUCGCAGUAUUUGAGUAAAAAUGAUGAACUAAAUCUCUGUAUAAACCAUGAUAUGUUUGACCACUGUAUCAGCUUUUAGAAGAAGACAUUCUUAUUAUGCACGAUUCACAAACCAAAAAUAAACAAAAAAAACAAUACAAAACUUCCAAUUAUAAUCACUAAUUUUGAACCUAAUGAAUAUGGUGAUAUAGUAUAUACUACCAGAAUAAUGUAGUACAAUAUUAAAUGUUUUUUUUAAUACAAAUUGUCUACACUGGCACUUUAUAGAUAUAUUUAUACUGAUAACAUAUGUAAGGGGGCACUCAAAGAGUUAAAAUACAGUAAUUUGUUUAGCCUUUUUGAUGUAGCUAUCACACAAUGUUAGAAAAAAAAUUAUGUUAUUAGCUGUGAAAUUAAUAUGUACAGAUGUUCAAGUGAUUUCAUGUGUUCAUUAAAUAACUUUAGAUGUGUCCUAUUCUAUUUUAUAAUGGCCUUUUGGUUGGGUUAAGCUGUGCAUGCUUACAAUUUUUAUAGUAUGUACUUAAGAUUUGUAAUCCUUUGUUGACUACAAUUUAAGUUCAUCAAUUUAGAGUAGCGAUAAUACUAUUGAAGGUACUAUAAUAUAAUACUUUGGCUGUUCUAAAUUGUAUCUUAAUAUUAUUAUGUUGUAUGAUGUAUUUACAUGAAUUGUUCAAGCUCUAUUUAUAGUUUCUUGUAUUUAUAUUUACAAUCAUCAAUAGAAUUUUGAUCAACAACAUUUAUUAAUGUAGGCUUGUAUAUAAAAUAUUUCUUUAUUUUUAUUACAGGAAAAUUACAACAUUUUUAAUCAAAAAUUGUUUAUUUGUAACUCAUUUUAAACAAGUUUUGGUGUUGUGCGUUAGUUAGGGUUUUGUAUGUAAGUGUUUUGUUAUAACAGAGUAAUAAGAGCCUAUUUUUGUAAUAUUAAAAUUAAUUCAGAGUUUUCAAUUGAUUUUACAAGAUUUUUUUAUUUAUUUGUAUGAUACAAGGUACUGUCAAAAGGUUUUUGAAAUUGCUCUCCAUGUUCAACAAAAGAUUCACAGAAGGGGAAAUUUCUUUUCCUGUGAUUAACAGCUUUGAUAGUGAAUGUACUGAAUUAUCUUGCUUUCUUUUUGUUAUCAUCACAGCUGCAGAUGCAAAAAGGGCCGAUAAAGUUUUGUUUGUUUUUCACGUUUUCACAGUUGACAUUCUGAAAGUGUUCGCUGAAAUUGCACUUUCAUUAUGAAAUAGAAACAUGUUGAUUUUAAUGAUUUUGUACACCCUCCGUAUUAUUCUAAUCUGGUAUCAGUUAACUUAUACUUGUUUCCAAAGCGGAGAAUACAAUUGAAGGACAAUGUUUUGGUGAUGGUCCAACUCAGUGUUUCCAGUAAAGGAUUCCAGUUAUGUUUUGAUCAGUUAUGUAAAUGGACAAAUGAUUAAAUGCAGUAAGUGAGAUAAGGUAAUAACAAUGUUUCUAAAAUUUCUCAAUUAAUUAUAACUGACCAAUUCCAGAAAAGUUUUGACUAGACCUUUAAUUUACUCAAAUUAAUGUACUUUUUUAUGAACUUUGCUUUAUUUUAUUGUAAAUCUUGUCUUUGGUUACUUUUUUCAUAAAUAUAUUAUUUCGUGAUUCUU